UAAGCGCGAAUAUCACCAUGUUGUCAAGCUUCCUCAGCACUGACAGAAGAAACUUGUGCAUAAUCGGGGCGAUUAUACUGAUCAUAAUCAUCACCAUCAUGUUAAGGAGAUGGGCGGUGUACUUGGAGAAUAAAGAUCAGGAAGAAAAAAGUUGUUAUCAAAAAUCCGAAAGUGAUGAUCAGAAGUCCGUAUCCAAGAGUUGUGUUAUAAGUGGCUGCUCUAGUGUUGUCAAGACGUAUACUUUUGAAGAAUUGAAGGAAGCAACAAGAGACUUUCGCAUAAGAAUUGGCGUUGGUGCAACGUCUUUUGUGUAUCUUGCACAGCUGGAGGAUGGAAUAUUUGGAGCAGUGAAGCGCGUUAUGGAGGACAGAGGAGGCAGCAAGAAAAUGUUCUUGGAUGAGGUCUCGAUUCUGCUCAGAAUCUCACAUCCUAAUCUGGUGGGAAUGAUGGGGUUUUGUCUGGAACAAGGUGAACAGCUUUUACUGUUAGAAUACGUCCCGAACAAAAGCCUCUACGACAGAAUGCACACACAGCAAGGCCAAUGCAGAGGCACACUCUCCUGGUCCAACCGAGUCAGCAUCGCUCUAGACCUUGCACGAGCCCUAGACUAUCUCCACAACGUCGCUGAUCCUCCAGUAAUUCACCGCGACAUCAAAUCAUCCAACAUCCUCCUUGUCAACAACAACCGCGCAAAACUUGCAGAUUUUGGCCUAUGCAAAUUAGGCCAUGACAUCCAAACCGCGCCCCUGACACCGACCACUAUCAAAGGCUCACUAGGCUACGUCGACACAAAUUAUCUCAACACGGGCUUACUGUCCCCAAAAAGCGAUGUUUAUAGCUUUGGAGUGAUCUUGCUCGAGCUUGUCACGGGCUUAAAAUCAUUUCUAGGCUCCACAACAAUAGCAGAGUGGACUGAGGAGUGUCGAAAAAAUCAGAAUGUGGAUGUUUUGGUAGGCUUGUUGGAUCCGAAGCUUAAAGGUGAUGCAGAUUUGGAGCAACUUAAAGUUUUGAUUGAGUUGGCUAAUUUAGCUCUGCUUGAAAACGCUGAAGCAAGACCAGAUAUGAAAUUUAUCGUAAGUACAUUAUUAGAUUGUACAGAAGAUAAACUUCAGCCAGAGUUGCCGGUUUAAGUUUACCGUAGAGGUUGGUUAAUAGAACAUUGUAUAAACUUGUUAAGUGGUGCAUAGAAACUCCUCCACUCCUUGAUCCUGAAUCAAAUCCUCCUUUUUUGAUCA